GCUUGAGACACACAUACACACAAGACGCCUUUGACUACUGCACAGCAACUUUCUGUAUCGGAGCUUCUCUGACAUACACACGUCUAUAGACGCUCUUACAUCUCUCUGCAUCUAUUGAGGACAAGACAGAGAUAUUAAGCAGGAGAGGAAGAUAAAGCAAGAUAAGGAAGCCAACACUUUUUAAAUGGCCAACAUUGUGACAUCCUUCUGCUGUGUGGUACUUGCAGCCGUGGUGGUGGUGUAUGCCCAAAGGCGCAGCCAGCAAGGUGCCAGGAUUCAGUAUGAGAGAAUAGGAAGUGAUGUCACUAUGCAGUGUGGCUCACUGGACAGCGAUGCCUCUGUAACGUGGAAGGUGAAUGGUACAGAUGUGAAGGCUCGCCGGCGGGAAGAAGGACCCCAGCUCAUCCUGAUGGAGGUGGACAUGAGUAACAAUGGCCUGUACAGCUGCUUCCAGAACCCUGACGGCCAGCGCCGAGACCAGAUCACCCUCCGUGUAGGGCUUCCUCCAAAAGAACCCCAGGUUACGUGUCGAUCAAACACCUAUCCCAAAGGCUUUUACUGCAGUUGGCACCUUCAGCAUCCCACAGACAUCCCAACAGACUUCGAAGUUGACGUCCAACACAACCAAAAGCCCUUGGAGGUGAAGAGAGAUGAGGUUCAUAAGAACAGAUGUCACAUGAAGUUUCCAGAAUUGUUCUCCAGCUUUCCGUACCGAGUCAACAUCACAGCGAUAAACUCGCUAGGUCGAGCGUCCACUGCCAUCAGCUUUGAGGAGUCCUCUAUAGUGAAACCAGACCCUCCUGAGAAGGUGGUGGCCAAACCCGUAACCAACAAUGCACGAAGACUGGAGGUGACCUGGAACAGCCCCUCUACAUGGCCCGAUGUGGAGAACUUCCCACUGAAGUACUUCCUGCGCUACCGGCCACUCAUCCGUGACCAGUGGCAGCAUGUGGAGCUCUCCGACAGCACUGCCCACACCAUUACCGACGCCUACGCUGGGAAAGAGUACAUCAUCCAACUGGCGGCCAAGGACAUGGAGAUCGGCACUUGGAGUGACUGGAGUGUGGCAGUCCACGCCACUCCUUGGAUGGAGGAACCAAAACCCAUAACCUCCACCACUGAGAAUGACGUUAUCCCAGAAACCACCCCAGGUCCACCCUCAGCUGCUCCACGAGUGGGUGAACCCACAGCAGCUUGCUCCACCCUCCUCUGGUCCACCCACCUGCUCAUGGCGUGCGUCCUGCUGUCCAUCAUGUGAUGUGUGAGCUUAAUUCCUGUGGAGAAAAAAGAGGAGUCUUCUAUUUCUAUUUUGCACAUGUUAAUAGAUAUCGUGCAUUGAUAAUUUAAUUCAAGUUCUUUUUCCUCACAAAAGAAAAAAGACCUAGAAAGAUUAAUAAACUAUGACAUUUACAAAAGGAAGACAAAAAAACAGUCAAAUAUUUCAACAUCCCUGACGAUGAGAGCAAACGGAAAAAGAAUGGACACAGACACAGGAACCGAACCCCAGGGGAGCAAAAGAUUUGGGGAUAUGAGACUCACCUGCCUGGCAGCACAACCAACAAAACAAACAAAGAAACUACAUUUAUUAAUCCUUUUUCUUUUUCUUUUUUCAUCAUGCAAGAUUUCUCAUCCCAUUUUGAUUCUUUAAACUGUUCGGGGACAAACAAAACUCCUUUUGUGUAACAUCAAUAUCCACAACAUACAGCUAAUUCCUCAUGCCAAAGACAUGGACUGUUGUUGUUGUUGUUGUUGUUGUUGUUUUGGUCUCUUUUUCUCUUUCUUAUUUUUCCCAGCUUCCCCAAACCUGUGUCUGUAAUGAAUUUGAACUGGAAGGACAAAAUGUUCACAAACUUCAAAGACUGAGGAGUAACAAAUUUUGCUUGAAGGCCAUCAUUUAAUAUCUGUUUUAUUUCUUUUGUUUGUCCACACUUAUGCUUUUAUCAUUUAUGGCCCCUGAACACAGAGACGUUGAAACUGUAAAUAACAAAUUGGUUUGGACUGUUCUGGACCGCCUUUUGUAAAGAACAAGAACAAUGUGUUGUUGUCAGACCAUCUCAAAAGAUUAAGCACCGCACUCAACCAUGCUUUCACUCUGACUAUUUGCCUUUCACAACCUGUUUUUGCAGACUUUUCAAUUCAAUAUCACAAUUGAAUACUACCUUAUCUGAGGACAAUUGUUUCACUUUUUUUGAUUAUCAUUGAAUAAAAUAUAAUUUUAGAACUUUAGAUUUUUAUUUGUUUGUUUUUUCUUUUGUUUUGUUUUUUCAAACCUUCAUUAUUGCUUCAUUCUCCUUGAUCAUAUUUUGUAAACUAUGAUAUGUAUCUUUAACAUGAGAAAAAGUUUAUUAUUUAAUAAUGUAUGUAUUAGUUUUAGAUUCUUGU